CGCAAUGCAUCGCAUCGCAUCCCAUUACAUCACACCCGUGUCAUAUCUUUUGCCACCGGCGUUCUUUCUUCGGCCUCGUGUACCAGCAAUCGUCGUCGCUGUCGCCGUCGCUGCUGCUGCUGCUGCUGCUGCUGUCGCUGUCCCCGCGCGGGCUCCCGCGGGGGGGAGAGGAAUCCUUCAAACGGCGGGCUGGCAGGGUCUUCCAAUCGCACAAGCUAGACCAAGCGGGAAGGACGGCCAUGUCGAGGAGUUCCGCGGCGUGCGCCUGGCUCCGCUCCGCGCUUUCCUUCACCGCGAGGCAGCCCCUGGCGCCGUAGAAGAUGACCUUCAAUCCGCGGUGGCAAUCCUUUUUGUAGUAAUCGUGGUGCUGGUGCUGGUCGUCGUGGUUUUUCUCGCUCAUGUUUGUGCUUCUUGUGCUUCGUUUUGUUUGUUGUGUAUCGAAGAUGUUGGUGUUGCUGCUGUUUCGUUCGUUGAUCCGUAUUGGGCGUUUUGUGUUGUGUCGGUUGUCCCUUCAAAUAUUAUGAGCACACCGCAGUACUACCGUACUACUAGUGGAAAAUUCGCGUUCCUGUGCAGAAUUCUACCAUCCGUGAAUUUUGAACGAGUUGGUCGUGCGCAAAGGUAUUUUGCAUUUUUCAUAUUCUUCAACUUACGGUAGUACAGCCACGAACAAAAAUGUCGACGGGCAAUACUAUACAGUAUCUUGUGCGUUAGAAGUACCCUAGUUCAUAGUAGGCAGGUGCUAGAAACCAAUCUUGGUCGUACCGCACCGGUUGCGAACCGUCGCGUCACGCCUGCCGGAGGCGGCGGGAAUAAAUCAACGAAUCAUACUUAAAUAUCUUAUGAACAUACUUUAUCUACCGUAUCUAUCGUGGUACCAACAUUUUUUUCUGGCGCGGGCGAUUUCCUUCCCGAGAAAGUGUUUUUGGUUUUUGUAUCAGUUUUGAUGGCCGGCGAAGUUGGAAAAAGAUCUGCAACGCGAACAAACGACUCCGUUGCUAUUGCGAGUACGAGUACGAGUACGAGUAUGAAUACAUAGCAUACUCUUCCACCGCCUCCGUCCAAGUCCGACUGCACUAUGUUCCGAAACAAACCCAAAGAUAGCAAGCGCUGCCGGCCAAACAAAAACAAAAACGAACCACGGAGAUGCUAGGAAUCCAACAUAAAAACUACAACGAAUGCAUUCAAAACACAACGCAAACGCAAACUCGGAAACAGACACAGACAAAGAAACGGGAAUGGUGAGCAUCAAGGAAUACUCGAGGGCGGCGCUCAGGGCGGCACACGGGGUGUCGCUGCUGACCCCGAUGCUCUCCGGCCUGUCUUCCGGAACCGAGAUGGCGUCCUACGGAAAGGCGCAGUGGGACUUUCUCCUCCGGGGGGGCGACGUCACCGCCUAUCUGGCCACGGGCACGACGGCGACGCACGUAACGACACACGCAACGACGCCGCUGGGGACCAACCAAGGGGACCAGCCACCGCUCCUGGGGUGCCUCCUGCGGGUCCACCUCGGCGAGGAAGGGAACACCGCAGAGGCCCUUGGCGGCGGGAGCUCCUCCCCCGCCGAGGCCUUUGGGAUGAUGCUCGUGGCUCCCGAGGCCAGGGGCAGGGGCGUCGCCCGGGCCCUGCUGGAGAGGGCCCUCGGGGAGGGAGACGCCGGUGCCCGCAGGCUCCUGGCGGUGUGCACCCCCAAGGGCCAGCCCCUGUACCGCAGGCUAGGGUUUUCGAAUGCGGGGGGCUGGGUCACGGCCCUGCGCCUGGACGCCGCGGGAGAAGCGGCCGUUCCCCCCGGGGACGACCGCAGCGGCAACGGCAACGGUGGCGGUUCGUUUCGCGUCCGGACCCUUGGUUCCCUGGACAACGAUCGGGGAACCGAUGCCCCGGCGAUCGAUCCGGGGGUCCGGAGCCUCCUGAUCGACAUGGACGCCAGGGCCACGGGCUUUGACCGUUCCCGGCGCCUGUCCUUUGUGAUGGGAGGCGGCGGUCCGAGCGAAGGCAAGGACCGCGGCUCCGGCGCUAGUGCCAUGGUAGCAAUGGCCACCCCGUUGGGUGCUUUCGCCGCGGACGCGGACACGGACACGGACACGAAUGGAGGAAGAGAACAACCCCCGGCCGCCGCCGCCAUUGUCCGCAGGGAAAAAGCCGGCGGGCCCUGUGUCAUCGGCCCCCUGUGGGGGGAUCGGGAGGCAGCGGUCCCCGUCGUCCGCGCGCUGGUGCAAUCGGUCCGGGAGGGCGCUCGCAGGACCGGAGGCAGCUCCGUGGUCUCCGUCCUGGUGAAGGACCACCAAGGCCUGGUGGACCGCCUGGUGGAAGACGUGGGCUUUGUGGAGGCGGCUCGGUUCCCGGCCAUGUCCCUGGACGGGAAGCCCGUCUACGAGGGGGGGGACGGGACCUACCUCGCGCUGAUGCACCCCACGCUGGGCUGAGUCGUUCCGGCCAGACCAGACCAAAGCAAACCAAACCAUCGCAUCCGGGGCAACGCAAGGCAACGCAACGGGCACGGUGACUGCCAGAACAAUACCAGGCAUUGCUCGAAAGCGAACGAACCAUGAACGAAAGCAAUGCGAUUGUGGUACGGCACUAUAUCCUACAUCUUAAAAUGGACGUGCGCUUUUGCUUAUUUCGUAACAGGUAUUAGUGUAGUUAAUUCUCAAUUAUAACCCAA